AUGACAAUGAAUGAUUUAAUUCCAAUUACUGAACGAAUCGUUUUAAAUAUGCUCGACCGGCUUCCUGUCAAAUGUACUGUUCGUGGAACAAUGAAUAUUCAACGUGGUUCUUUUGAACAGCACGUCGCAAAAUUUUGUUCGAAAUUAAACGUCAACUGUCCAGCAGCUGAUCUUAAAUGUCCAUGGAGUGGAUCGAAUGGUCAAUUACAGCAACAUAUAUCAAUAUGUGCUUUUGAACAAAUGCGUCCAAUGGUUGCAGACAUCAUAAAAAAUAAGCACCAAUUAAAAGAACAAAUUCAAAAAAUGUCUGAAUAA